AUGGCAGAUCGCUUGAAACUAAUGCCUAUACAAAAAUGGCCUGAAAUAAAAUCUUUAUUAAAAUUGCAUCUUCCUAGAAGUAUAGCAGGACUUAAUUUUUUGGAGACCAGAGAAGAAAUUGAAAAGUUAGGUUUUGGUUAUAAAGCUAAAGUUUACUGCCCAGACGGUGAUGCCUCUAAUGGAAUUAUUGCUCUUAACAUUAAGGACAUGUUCUAUGAGGUAAAUAUACAGUGCCCUAAAGAUGACACCAGAGGACUGGAAGAAGCUUUGAGAACAACUAAAGUUAUAGACUGGACCCGUGAUAUAGAACUGAUAUACACUCAAAAGCAUGUGAUGCAAUGUGUGAUGAAAGUAAUAAGGGAUAAAAAUAUUGCAACAAAGCAAGUACUACCUUCAGUGACAUUUUUCAAGUAUAAGAACGACCCACUUUUUGACGCAAGACCUCGUUCAGUGUUCACUUUGGUCGCGAUGUCUGAACCUCUGCAUUUAAUGCCAGUCGAAACAUGGGACGAAAUAAAGAAAGUAUUACAUGCGGAUUUUCCGAGAUGUCUAUCAGGCUAUAUAUUCUUAGAGAAUAUGCAAGGUAUUAUGAAACUGAACCUUGAUUACGGAGUCAAAGUUUAUUGCCCUUAUGGAAAUCUGAUCAAUGGGAUUGUAGCGCUGAAUGUAAAGAAUUCCUAUUACGAAGUGGUUAUCCAAUGCCCUAAUCAAGACACCACAGAACUUGAAGAAGCUUUGAAAACAACAAAAGUUAUAGACUGGGCGCGAAAAAUUGAGGUACCAUACGCACCUACAAAUGUACGAGACUGUAUAGAAAGAAUUAUAAAUGAAAGAAAUUACACAUUACAGUACAUUGAUAUUACAGACACAUUUAUAAUCAAGAAAAAUGCAACGCCCUUCAACAUAAGACUAGCCCCGGAAUUGUCUUUCAAGCUUCUUACUUUACAUUAUAAGGAAAUUGUCAAUAACACGUGGCCGCACAAAUACCCGGGAUCUGAUUGGUAUUUUGAAUUACUGAUAAAAGCCAAUUUAGGCUACGGCCUGUUUAAAGGAGACGAGCUAAUUUCGUGGGUUUUCAUUAAAGAAAUGGGAGCGCUCGGACAUCUAUACACUUUGGAGGAACAUAGAAGAAAAGGUUACGGAGAAUUAGUUUUAAAACUCAUAUCAAAUAUAUUACUGAAUGAAGGUAAAUACGUCGUAGCUUUUUGCGUCAAAGUGACUUUUGCAAUUCUACGGAGUACAGCACAAAAUGAAAAAAGUCGUCGACCUUUUGACAAUGGACACGGCUUUGAGGUCAAGCUUGCCGUACCAGGAAAGCCUGGAAAUGACUAUCCUAUUUUUGAUGAAAUUCCCAGAACCUCAUUUACUUGUUCUGGAAAAGAACCCGGUUAUUAUGCCGACAUGGAAACAAAUUGCCAAGUAUUUCGAGUGUGUACAUUCGGUUCAACUUUUGGCUACCAAUCAUUUCUAUGUCCGAAUGGAACCUUAUUCAAUCAAGCUGUCUACGUACAACUAAAUCGGCAAAUAUUACAAGAUAAAGAAUUGUAUUCCAAUAAAUACAAUCAAGCACGCUUUUCAAAAGAUAUUAGGAAUCAAGUCGACAUAAAAUCAAAACAAAACUUGGUAAGUAAUGAUACCUCACCUACACUUAUAAGAAAAACUUUAGCGUAUCGAAAAAUUAUAAAAGAUCCUAAAAAGGGAAUUCCAAGAUCUAAAAUAACAUUUAAAACAUGGAUUUUAAGACCCUCCAAAAGUGAAAAAUUAUCUGCGGAACCCACUCCAUACACUUACAAUAGACCACAAAUUACCAUACUUGACGAUAACGAUUCAAACGUCGUUAGUAAUACUUCUGAGGAAUCUGAAGAUCAUACUAACCUUGAUUUAGAACCCUAUCAAUAUAAUCCACCAACAGGCCCCAGCGCUCUAACUUAUGAAACAACGACUGAAAUUCCCUUAACAACUGAAACAAGUCUUAAACCUUUGGAACCAACAAAUCCUUCACUUUUAUAUCUACCUCCAACGACUUAUAAGGCACCGGCACUUUUGUAUAAUUUUCCGACAAGCAAUAUUCAAACAGAACGUCAGUAUUUACUGCCAGAAAUAAUACAGCGUCCUCUUAUAGAAAUUGGUAGUUCUCCUGUACCUUUUAAACAAUCACUUACAAACAUAAAACAGCCUACUUCCCCUCUAAGAAAAGAAUUUUCAACAACAAUAAAUCACAAUAAUAAUUUAUUUUCAAAUUCACUGGUAAAAAGUAACUUAGACAAAACUAUAAAAGAUUUACUGAAAGAUACAACUAAAUUAUUUAGAACAAUAUCGCCUAACAACAUUUAUGGGCUAAAACAAGAAAUUCAAACAAUUGAUUAUCCUGAUGAAAAUUACUUACCACAAAAUCAGGCUCAUGACAAAGCGUUACUACAAGCUCCUACAGAAUUACUCAAAAAUUCUAACCUUAUUGCAACGCCAUCAAUUGUACUACAACCACCAGAUGAAAGUUAUGAAUACAGCCUUAACAAACCUAAUAAACUAUCUUAUUUAUCCUUCAUAAAACAACCAAGUCUUCCUACAAUAGAAAGAACAGUUUCCAUUAAAAUCACUAUGCCUCAAAAAAUUGCUGACUUUAUAUUUAAUAAAAAUGUUUCUGAUACUUUAGAAAUCUUAAGCACAGAAAAUACAAACUCCUUUGUGGUGGCUAAUAAAAUGCCAGACAAAAAAGACUCUCAUCAAUACGUUCCUAUUGGCAAACUUGUUUGGAAUAAUAAUUCUGAAAUUUCUCCUUCACAGGAAUUGCUUUUUUCUUUUUUGGCAGACUCUAUUAACGCUGCUCAAGAAUAUAAUAAUAUUGCCAAACAGGCAAACUAUCAGCCAAUACCAACACAUUCUACAAACCUAAAUAAAAAUGAAAUAGGAUCUAUAUCUGGUAAAAUAGCACAACUGACAUCAGAACAAUUUUCAAACAUCAAGCCCUCGAGUAACGAUCUACUUUCGAGAAGAGCAAACCCAAAUAAUUUAAAUAAUGACUUACUAACACGCGGCUACAAACAGAUAAAAACCGAUAGUUCAGUUAAUUAUGACCAAAAGAAAACACAACAAGAAUCAAUUAAUGCUAAACAAAUCACUGACAAUCAUUUCUCUGAAAUUGAUUCAAAUGUGGAACCUAUAUACAGCGGUCAAUUGUACCAACUUCCAGUUCCAGAAGUUACAAAACAGUUUUAUAAUUUACCAACACAAACGAAAGACAUUUACAGAUUAAACUAUGAAAGAGAAAAAAGCGAAAAUAAAUACAAACAAUUACAAACUGAAUUUGAAAUGACGAAAUCACAAACAGUAUCGCAGGAAUCUAAUCUUAGUAAACAAAAUCAGAAACCAAUAGCUCAGAGAACUACAGCUUACAACUUUGAAGACACCCUUAUUAUACCUAGCGACAGAGUAGCUGCACAAAUACACGACAACACAAUAGGAAUUAUUCCUCAUCCAUUACAAAAAGAUAAAUUAAUUAAUUAUAAGAAAGACCACAUCUACUAUAUUUAUACACAACUAAACGAUACUGAUAUAAACGAGUUUAAGAAAAACAACAUACUUAAAGGGCCUUUCAUUUCAAGACCAAACAGCAAACUUUCGGAACUUAUAGAUAAUAUAAUACCGUCACUUAAAUAUGACCUUGAAACUGAUACCCAAAAACAGAGUACACCGAAUAUAUUACAGGACGACAACUUAGGUAUACAAAGCCAAGAGAUUGGUGCUGAUAUCAAUUACAUAAUCAAUCAUCCUGAAACAAGAAAACCAUUCGAUAAAUCCUACCAGGGCCCAUCAUCAUACAAUGCACCUCAAGCGAUAGUUGGCAAUUUGGAAUUUAAUAAAAACUCAAUAGAACUAAAUGAAGAUAUAGAAAAGAUCGAUGAUUAUGAAAUCAACGGUUAUCCGAAACUCGUUCCUACAAAACGAUUUUCAUUUAGAUAA